AUGGCUCAACUGGAUUCAGAUUCUAACGACGAUAAGAUCCUAUAUCGUGAAGUUAGAUCUUUGAAAGCUGGUCAAAUACAGAGAUUCAAUUUACAUUAUACCCCAGAACCAAGUGAACUGAUCCAUUUAACAUCAAAUUUAUGGUUGAAAGUUAAAAAUAUAGAACCAAUUCCAUUGAGAGCUGCCUUUUUAGCAGGUCCUUAUGUCUUAUAUGUUGAUUGUAAAAGACUGGAUUAUGAUCCUAAUCAAGCUUGUUUUAUCACGGCAGAUCAACCUGUUUUUGAACCUUCUUUAUUACCAGGUCAAGCUUUCUAUGCUCAACUUUCAUGUCAUACCAUUAAAGACUCAUAUUCAUGGACAGUGGAUGUGAUUUCUCAAAUCAUCUUUAAUAAUACUAUUGAUGUUGAUUUUGAAAUAUUGAUAGGAACAAGUAAAAAAGUUCUUCAUGAAGCUUCAAUACCUGAAAAGAAGGUUCUAAAUGCCGAUCAACAAGGUAGUUUCAUAUCAUCUACUAUUUUAAAUGUUUCGAAUCAAGAUACUUUGGAUUUAUGGAACCUACCUGUGCCAGACCCAAAUAAGCCAAUUCAUUUGGUCAUAUUAACUCAUGGUCUACAUUCAAAUGUCAGUGCCGAUAUGUUCUAUCUAAAAGAACAAAUAGAUAGUGUUAAAGGCGAGAACAUCGUUGUUAAGGGAUACUUUGGAAAUGUGGCCAAAACAGAAAGAGGUGUAAAAUAUCUAGGUAGUAGAGUAGCUGAAUAUAUUGUGGAUUUAGUUACCAAUAAUGAAAGUUUGAAUAAUGAUAGAGUUAGUAAAAUUUCAUUCAUAGGUCAUUCAUUAGGUGGGUUAGUUCAAACAGUAGCCAUUGCAUAUAUUCAAGUCAACUAUCCCUGGUUCUUUAAACAAAUCAAACCAAUCAACUUUAUAACCAUUGCAUCUCCCAUGCUAGGCAUUGUCAAUGAAAAUCCAGUUUAUGUUAAACUUGCCCUUCUGGCUGGUUUGGUAGGUAAAACAGGUAGAGAUGUAAGUUUGAAAUAUUUGGAAAAUGAUUCAAAGCCAUUACUUUUAUUACUCCCUACUGGUCCAACUCAUCAUGUUUUGAAGCGAUUUAUAAGAAGAACCGCAUAUGCUAAUUCAGUUAAUGAUGGAAUUGUGCCCUUAAGAACAUCAUCUCUAUUAUUUCUUGACUAUAAGGAAUUAAUACAGAUUAUAAAUUCACCAGAGAAUAAGCUCAAGACAACACAGAGCACAUCAACAGGAAUUGUUCCUCCUAUUCCUGCAAUUAAUGGGGAUAGUUUUGUCUUCCUGCCAGUGCAAACCUUUUUGUCAUAUUUCAUGCCUCAAAAACAAGCGGGUCACUAUCAAAAAUUCCAAACCAAUGAUAAAUCAAAUGUCGAAGAAGAAAAUCUGUUAAUGUAUAGUGCUGAUGAUUCUUAUGAAGAAUUACCUACCCAAUCUGUUCUUGAAACAGCAACAUCAUUAAUAUUACCUCCACUUCCUUCCUUAAAAUUCAUAAAUGAUCCCAGCUCUCGUGAACCAGUAAUUGUUAUAGAUAAAGUAUAUCGUGAAGAAGAUUUGCCUCCUCAUACACCUGCCGAGGUUCCAUGUCUAAAUUUCGAUACAACUAAAACCGACGAAUCACCAUCCAUUAGUAUUAGACAACGUAUUUUGAAUACAAUCGAUUAUGAUGUUGAACAUUUGGAAGAAGAUAUAGCAAGGGAAUACCAUAAGAAUAUGGAUUGGAGGAAAGUUAUAGUCAAACUCAAGCCCGAUGCGCACAAUAAUAUCAUAGUGAGACGUAGAUUUGCUAAUGCGUACGGUUGGCCAGUUAUAGAGCAUUUAGUAUCAAAUCAUUUUGGAGCUCACAAUGCAUUAGAAGAAGAUUUCCGACCCCUGAAUUCUAUCUUUAAGGAUUCAUUGGAUUCAGCACUUGAUUUAACUCGAAUUAUUUCAAGAGAUUUGGUGACUAAACAGAAUAAGGAAAUUGAUCAACAAUCUAUCCAUGAAUCUACCGAGAAUCAUUGGAUUAAUUCAAAGGAUAAUGCAGAAUCCUUGUUUGCAGUGGGACCAACUGGUUUAUUAUCAGAAGUAAGUGAGAUGGUUGGAAAUUUACGAGAUCAAUUUUAUAAUGGUUUUAAAGUAGGAGUACCAGGAGUCAACACUAAUGGGAAUCAAGACCAAAAACCAAUAGUCACAUUAGAAGAUGAAAUGAAUGACUCAGAAAUCGUAACUGAUUAUGAUGAUGGAAAUGGGUUAGCAAGAAGAAUAAUGGGCGGAUUUUUAUAG